AUGCCUGUAAAAGAAUCAAGAGACGAAUGUGUCAUCCAGUUUCGUGCGGGAAAAAUGGUUCUUAAGGAUGGCAAGGUUGAACCAGACAAACGUAGAGGAAUCCUGACUUUUUCGAAAGAUUCAAAUGGGGAGGCGAAAAUGACAUGGGUAUCUGGAAAAGAUGAAGAAGAAUACAAGCUUCCAAGUGGGCAAGUGAAAUUCAGUAGGGUAGAAAAAUGUACUACUGGAAGAGUCUUACUGUUUGAUUUUGGUAAUGAUAAGUCUCCUGUAUUUUUUUGGCUGCAAGAAAAAUCUACAGAUAAUGAUGCAGAGUAUUUUUCUACAAUACAGGAAUUACUUGCUGAGAGUCGACAGGUAACUGGACGUUCUCGAGCUGAGCUUGAAGAUUUCUUCCAGGUUAUUCUGCGGAAUAUGGGUGUAGAAAGGGAGAGAGAUGUGAGCUUGGUAGAUAUUUUAGGGUCAACAAAACUUCUUGAGGCAUUACGCGAGGAUCCAGCUUUUUUUAUGUACAGACUCCAUCAGUUUCUGCCAGAAGGAACUGAUCCUACUUCGGACAUUGUGGAACAAGUAAGAAAUCCACAGGUUUCUGCAGCAGCAUCCUAUUUAACUACAGCUCUUCAAACCCCUGACGGGUUUCGCGGACUUUGCACAUCUUUCGGAAUUAAUGGGAAAGGUUCAGGUGUGUUGGGAUUCCUUAAUGGUUUGAUGAGACAAAGUAAAAAAUAG